AUGCUAAGGCCACAGCCCACCGCCACUCGAGAAGUCGUUUCACUCGACGGUCUCUGGAAUUUUGACAUCGUCAGAUCAAUCCCAUCAGAGGACUACAAUUGGACGAGUCGCCUCUCAGACAAGACACAAGUUCCGGUUCCUGCUAGCUAUAACGACAUCUUCCUCGACUAUGACACUCGAAACCAUGUCGGCUGGGUGAAGUAUCAACGCAAGGUGCGCAUUCCAAACGGAUGGGCCAAGUCACGUUACUUUGUUCGAUGCGAUGCCGCAACACACCGAGGAAGGAUAUACGCUAAUAGUAAACUGCUUGCGGACCACCAAGGAGGGUACACGCCAUUUGACGCUGAGGUUACAGAAGUGGUGAAGGCAGGGGAGGAGCUGCUACUCACCAUUGCAGUCAGUAGUGAGCUGAGCAACGAGACGAUUCCGCCUGGCAAGAUUGAGACGUUACCCGAUGGCCGCAGGAAGCAAACGUACAUGCACGACUUCUUUAAUUAUUCUGGGUUACCUCGGUCAGUGUGGCUCUACUCAGUGCCUGCUGAACAUAUUCAGGACGUUUCCAUUACACCAGACGUCAACUGGGAUCGAAAGGAUGGAAUAAUAAAUUAUCACGUCGAAUGCUCUACUCAAGAGGACGUCUACUGCCAAGUGUCGGUAAAAGACGAAGAUGAUGUCGAGGUUGGAACCGCAACAGGAUUUGACAAUGCCAUUGCUAUACCUUCAGCUCGUCUCUGGCAACCAGGCUCAGCGUACCUCUACGACAUCACCGUGCAAUUGUGUCGAUCGAGCGACAAGUCUGUCCUCGAUGCGUACCACGUCAAGACUGGUAUACGUACUGUGCAAGUCAAGGGCUCGCAAUUUCUCAUCAACAAUGAGCCAUUCCACUUUACUGGUUUCGGGAAGCAUGAGGACGCGCCGAUCCGGGGCAAGGGCCACGAUCCUGCCUAUAUGGUGCACGAUUUCCAGCUCCUAGAUUGGAUUGGUGCCAACUCUUUCCGCACAUCACAUUAUCCUUAUGCCGAAGAGGUUUUGGACUAUGCAGAUCGCCACGGAAUAGUAGUGAUUGACGAGACUGCCGCUGUAGGGCUGAACCUGGUUAUGUGGUCCAUUUCCAACGAGCCCGCAUCCCACGAAGAAGGCGCCAGGGAGUAUUUUGAACCACUUGUGCAAGUGACAAAAGAUCUCGACCCGCGGCCAAUCUGCUUUGCAAACUUCGGUCUUGCGACCGCAGAAAAAGAUCGUCUCUCCGACAUGUUUGACGUCUUGUGCCUCAAUCGUUAUUACGGCUGGUAUGAGAGAUGCGGAGAUAUGAAAAGCGCUGAGGAAGAGCUCGAAAAAGACCUUCUGAGUUGGCAAAACAAGUAUGGAAAGCCCAUGAUCAUGACCGAAUACGGUGCGGACACCGUUGCUGGCCUACAUUCCGCGGGCAUAACGCCAUGGAGCGAGGAGUUCCAGGCAGAUUUGCUCGACUUGUACCAUCGCGUGUUUGAUCGAGUCGAAUGUCUCGUUGGUGAACAUGUAUGGAGCUUCUCCGACUUUCAGACCAGCCAGCACGUAUUUCGUGUGGACGGAAACAAAAAGGGUAUUUUCACCAGGGACAGAAGGCCAAAAGCGUCAGCUCAGGUACUACGACGCCGUUGGCGCAUUGACGGAGUUGGAAGGCCCAAGACUGCCGAUGUAGCAACUGGCAAAUAG